UCACCACAACUGUGAUGGAGUGGUUCCGAUUGCUGUACAAAUACGACACUGGACCUGAGACAAACGCAGCUCUCAGAUCUCUAGAGGACCACUUGCGGUAUUUCCUGUAUGACACAUAUGUCAUGGCCCGUGUCGACCAGCUCUUCAAUAUUAUCAUAGAGUUUCCCGAAUCGCAAGCUGCCCUGGAAGACCUCAGGGACUGCCUUGAACGCACAGACCUGAAGUCAAAGGUUAUUCAUUCUUUAAAGAGCGCCAUGGAGAAGAGACUCUUGCAUCCAGGAGUGGAAACAACCCAGAUAUUGACUGCAUAUAUAUCAGCUAUCAAGGCACUGCGUGUUCUUGACCCAACGGGAUACAUUUUACAACUUGUCUGCGAGCCUGUGUGCAAGUAUUUGAGGACACGCGAAGACACCGUGAGGUCAAUAGUCUCGAACUUGACAGAUGACAGCUGCGCGGAGCUUGAAGCAGAGCUCAUCAAGUUCACCCCGAUUUCUGUUGAAGACAGCUUCAUGAGUGAUGACGACGACGAAGACUGGCAGAACUGGCGGCCAGCCCCACUUGGCAAUGAACCGGCAGUGCAGGUGUCGAAAGGUGCACGCACUUCCGAUAUAGUCAGUAUGCUGGUGAACAUCUACGGAAGCAAGAAGCUGUUUGCAACAGAAUAUCAGGUGCUGUUAGCCAACCGCCUGUUGUCGGGCACGUGUGCCGAUACCGAGCGUGAAGUCCGUUACCUGGAGUGCCUAAAGCUGCGCUUUGGUGAGGCCCAGCUGCACGCCUGUGAAGUGAUGCUGAGAGACUUGGCCGACUCUCGCCGUUUCAACGCCCACCUGGCGUCCGGUGACAUCCCAGGUUACACCGAAGGGGAGGUAGAUGUGUCGGCCAUUGUGGUGUCAGCCCAGUUCUGGCCAACCUUCAAGGACGAGAAGCUGGUGCUGCCAGCACCUGUGCAGGCAUCACUCGACCGCUACACGCGUGCCUUCGAGACCAUCAAGGGCAACCGUACCCUGCAGUGGCGCCCAAACCUCGGUCAAGUCGUCCUCGAAAUCGACACUGGCACCCGCACCUUGCAGCUCACCGUGUCGCCCAUGCAUGCCACACUCAUCUACCACUUCCAAGAGAAGCCACGGUGGACGCUGGAUGAGUUGAGUGCUGUGACUCAGGCAUCGUCAACACUCGUGCGCCGCAAACUGGCCUUCUGGCAGGGUCAAGGCAUACUCUGGGAGGAGUCGCCUGGUGUGUUCGCUCUGGGAAGCCAUGGAGGCUCAUCGGGGAGCGGCAGCAUCCCACCUCCGCCCCUGGAGUUGGACGAGGAUGAAGAGGAGACUCCUUCGGCUAUGGCGUCUGCCCAAGACCAGAAGGAGAGCGACUUCCAGAUCUACUGGUCCUACAUAGUCGGCAUGCUGACAAACCUGGAAUCGCUGAAAUUGGACCGCAUUCACACAAUGCUCAAGAUGUUUGCCAUGCAGGCCCCUUCGACAGCUGAACUUACUGAGCAGGAGUUGCGGCAUUUUCUCGAUGGCCAAGUCUCCAAGCAAAAGCUGCUCUAUUCCGGUGGAUACUAUAGGCUUCCGAAAUCCGAUGGCUAGUAAAAAAUAAAUAAAUAAGUAGAAAAUGACUGGUUCUUUGCU